AUGUCGACUUCGUCAACUGCUCACUCAAAAAGGGAACCUUUACCCUUGGAAGGUAUCACCGUCGUCAGUCUUGAACAUGCCAUCGCCGCACCGUUCUGCACCAGACAGCUGGCCGACAUGGGCGCUCGAGUAAUCAAAAUCGAGCGACCUGGCGUUGGCGAUUUUGCCAGGGCGUACGACACUCGCGUGAAAGGGAUGGCGUCGCAUUUCGUCUGGGCGAAUCGCUCAAAGGAGAGCUUGGCAUUAGACCUCAAGAAACCAAAAGACUUUGAGGUGCUUAAGAGACUCCUUGCCAAGUCAGACGUGUUAGUCCAGAACCUGGCACCAGGUGCCACUGAAAGGCUUGGCCUCGGAUACAACACCUUAAAAGACACUCAUCCCUCUAUUAUUGUGUGUGAUAUCUCAGGGUACGGCUCAGACGGUCCCUAUAGAGACAAGAAGGCAUACGAUCUACUCGUGCAGAGCGAAGCGGGCUUCCUUUCUGUCACGGGAAAUGGUCCAGACCUAGCCAAAGCAGGAAUCUCGAUUGCCGAUAUUUCUGCGGGCAUGUAUGCCUACUCCAAUAUUCUUGCCGCAGUCAUCAAGCGCGGCAAGACGGGUAAAGGCUCACGCAUCGAUAUCUCAAUGCUCGAAAGCAUGAUUGAGUGGAUGAACUUCCCUCUCUACUACACAUACAACGAUGCUCCAGGUCUCGCUCGUUCCGGAGCAGCCCACGCUUCCAUCUACCCAUAUGGCCCGUUCGAGACAGGGCGCGGCGGCUCCGUAAUGCUUGGCAUUCAGAAUGAGCGAGAGUGGGCGAACUUUUGCCGAGUAGCUCUUGGCGAUGAAGGCUUGGCCAAAGACCCUCGGUUCGUGAGCAACAUGCUUCGUGUCAAGAACCGGGAUGAUUUGAAGGAGAUCAUCUCCAAGAAUUUCGCACAGCUCUCGACUGAAGAGGUUCUACAAAAGCUGGAUGCUGCAUCAAUCGCUAAUGCGAAUGUUAAUGACAUGAAAGGCGUAUGGGAGCAUCUGCAACUGCGGGCUAGAGGCAGAUGGACCGAUGUCGAGACACCUGUUGGCAAGAUUCCUGCCCUCAUUCCACCGGGAUUUGCUUCGGUUGAAGGAGCAAGGAUGGACAGAGUGCCUGCAUUAGGCGAGCACAACGAAGCCAUCUUCAAGGAGCUAGGGAUUGAGCUAUGA